ACCUUUAAUUAAUUCUUCAAUGUUAGAUCUGAUUAAUCUCUCUCUAGUAACAGGCUAUGUACCACAGGCUUUUAAGGUUGCUGUCAUCAAACCUUUGCUUAAAAAGCCCACUUUAGAUCCAGAUGUGUUAGCUAACUAUAGACCGAUAUCCAACCUACCAUUUCUCUCUAAAAUUCUGGAAAGAACAGUUGCAAAUCAAUUAUGUGAACACUUACAAAGGAAUAAUUUGUUGAAAUGUUUCAGUCAGGCUUCAGAGUGCAUCAUAGCACAGAAACAGCUCUAGUGAAAGUUACUAAUGACCUUCUCAUAGCAUCAGAUAAUGGACUAGUCUCUAUACUUGUUUGUUAGAUCUUAGUGCAGCGUUUGACACAAUCGACCACAAAAUUUAUUACAGCGUCGAGAACAUUUAAUUGGCAUUAAAGGGACAGCACUGGACUGGUUUAAAUCCUACUUAUCAGAUAGGUUCCAGUUUGUGCAUGUCAACAAUAACUCUUCUGAGCAUACUAAAGUUAAUCAUGGAGUUCCUCAGGGUUCUGUCUUAGGACCGAUACUUUUCACAUUAUACAUGCUUCCUUGAGGCAAUAUUAUUAGGAAGCAUUGUAUUAACUUCCAUUGUUAUGCAGAUGACACACAAUUGUAUUUAUCUAUGAAGCCAGAUGAAACUGAUCAGUUAGCUAGACUGCAAGAUUGUCUUAAGGACAUUAAAACCUGGAUGACUUUUAACUUCCUACUGCUAAAUUCAGACAAAACUGAAGUCAUUGUAUUUGGCCCCAAACAUCUUAGAAACUCGCUUUCAAAGCAAAUAGUUACUCUGGAUGGCAUCACAUUGGCCUCCAGUACUACUGUGAGGAAUCUCGGAGUUAUUUUUGACCAGGACAUGUCCUUUAACUCACACAUAAAGCAAGUCUGUAGGACUUCCUUUUUUCACCUGCGUAAUAUUGUAAAAAUCAGGAACAUUCUGUCUCAGAGUGAUGCAGAAAAAUUAGUUCAUGCUUUUGUUACUUCCAGGCUUGACUAUUGCAAUUCCUUAUUAUCGGGUUGUCCAAAUAGCUCUCUCAAACAUCUACAGUUGAUCCAAAACGCUGCUGCGAGAGUACUGACAGGAGUUAGCAAAAGAGAUCAUAUUUCCCCUAUACUUGCUUCUCUUCACUGGCUUCCUGUUAAAUCCAGAAUAGAAUUUAAAAUCCUUCUUCUGACAUAUAAAGCUCUUAGUAACCAAUCUCCAUCAUAUCUUAAAGAUCUGAUAGUACCAUAUUAUCCUAGUAGAACUCUUGGCUCUCAAGCUGCAGGCUUACUUGUUCCUAGAAUUUCUAAAAGUAGAAUGGGAGGCAGAGCCUUCAGUUAUCAGCUCCUCUCCUGUGGAACCUGCUCCCAGUUUGGGUUCUGGAGGCAGACACCCUCUCUAUUUUUAAGACCAGGCUUAAAACGUUCCUUUUUGACAAAUCUUAUAGUUGGGGCUGACUGGGUGACCCACAGGGGUUCGGCUUGUGUCUUCAUUGUACAGCUGACUCCUUCUUGGACGUCCCUUCGUUCUGCCUCUAGUCAUGCUGCUAUAGGCCUAUAGGCUGCUGGGGGACUUUUCUUGACGCACUGAGCCCUUCUCUAUCUACCUUUACAUUUAAUAUGUAUACCGUUAUCGCAGUACAUUCACUCUGUUUCCCCCUGUGCUAUUUCUCUGAGUGUCCCUGGUCCCAGAGCUGGAUGCUUCAGAUCUGUGGUUGAUGUUCCACCAGCUGGUCCAGUCUCCAUCAUGUCCACUGUGGGAUGCUGCUGCUGACCUUCCUCCAGCCCUCUGCUUCCAGCUCCCCUUUUUCCACCAGUCAACUCUGCAUCGCCUUCACUAUACUGUUAUGCUAACUUACAUACUGUUUGAAUUUUACUGCUAGCUAUAUAUGGAGUAUGUUUAAUGUCAGAGCCGUACAUCAUCAGAGUAAACUAUGAGUCAGUUUUCAAUGUUAGCUUAUACUUUGUCUGUGUCACAUAUCCUGUCAUGCAUGUAUCCAAAUGUGUGUUGUGUUUUCCUUGCUUUCCCACCCCUCCCUCGUCUCCAAUCCCUCCCCCUUGCCCUCCUCUGUCCCUCUCAACCCCCCCGGCCAGCAGGCAGAUGGGUCCCCCCUAUAUAGAGCCGGGUUCUGCUCGAGGUUUCUUCCCUGUUAAAAGGGUGUUUUCCUGCCACUGUCUCCUUUGGGCUGCUCUGGGGGUCAGGCAUAUGGGUUCUGUAAAGCGUCUUGAGGCAAUUUGAUUGUAAUUGAUGCUAUAUAAAUAAAAUUGAAUUGAAUUGAAUUGAAAAUCUAAGUUGUUUAUUAGAAAUGUCUCUGUGUUAAAAUAACGUUACGAGGUGAGCCGGAUGGUAUUAAGGGGUGGACCCCGGAAGCUGGGGGUUAUACCUGGUUGCUACGUGGCUAUCGUUGCUAAUGCUGAUGGUGUUCCAAGCUCCGGUAAUAAAUGCUCCAAAAGGAUGUUUCGUCUGGCAGUUCUUUAGAAGGCAGAACACUAUAGUUACCACCAACGAGCCGUGCUAAGCUAGGCGGGCUAGCACUACCCGAGGCUGCCUAACCACGGAUCGGCGGCAACAGAAACGGACUGGGCUCCCCUCACAAUGAGGCAGUGGACAUGUUUAGUUAAAACUUUGACUGCAAGUCCAGAUGUGGAGGAUGUGGAGACAGAUGUCUUUCUAUAAGUAUCCUGUAUAAAACUUUUCCAAGUUAUCUGACGUUAUCAACAGCAACAAAAGCUAAUGAACUGAAAACAGCAGGAAAUAAUAAUAAUAAAGCUAAUAACGGCUUCAUUUAACUGUUUUCCAGCUGCUUGUUAAACACAUUUUGAAACUCUAUGGAGGAACUACUGGUGGAUCAGGUGGAGGCCAUGAAGUCUUCUGCCCGGAGUUACCAGAGAAGAAAGAGUCUGCUGGAUGCCAGGAAGACGGUCCUUGUUCCAGACAAAGAGGACAGAACUCGUGCUGUGGAAUGUCCAGCUCUCUCAGACAAACCUCUGACAUUUAUAUGAAGCAGACGAUGAUGAAAACUCACAGAUACAGUGUGGCCCCCGGUGGUGUUGAGGGAAAAAUGUGUCCCUCUCUGUCCUUAAAGUGGCCCAUCCCUGCUCUAAUGGUUAACGCUGUUUAAUGACUGAUUCACAUGUUGUAGGACUUCUUACUGCAGUGUAGAUUGGAAAGAUAAACUCCCAGAAUAUGACCAAAGUAAUGAUGAACACUACAGUUAUUACAUUUAAAUUACAGCACAGAUGAGCUGAAGAAUAAAAUCCUCUCCUAAAGCUGAAGUGACUGCAGGCCUUUCUGUCUUUCAGUGCUUGGAAAACUCUAUGAAACAGGAAAUCUGUUCAGGGUCCCUUUAAAAUGAACCUCUGCUGCUGAUGCUGUGACGUCUGUCUUCAUCUCAGGUGUCUCAUGUUCACUGUGAGGAUCUUCUGAGUGAAGCCAACAGAAAGAAAACCUCAUGUGGUUGUGAAGAAGGAGACUGAAUGGACGACAUCCUCAGUGAACCACUUCCUGUUUAACUUCCUCUGAUGGAAGCUCAGACCAACAGUUUCAACCGUUUAUUAUUCUCUGUUCUUAGUAUUCAGGGGUUCAUUUAUCACCUUUAACUUCAUCUCUGCUGUUGUAGCAGAAUGAUAGUAGAGUACAUGAUGCCAUUAUUUAUAGCAGAUAUGCAGCAUUUAAACAUCAACACAUUCAGGUCAAGAGCUUUCCUUUAGUGCAGAAUAAAAACUACAUUAUUUAACAAUUCUGAACUGUAAAGAUGUGUAAACACAUGUAAUAAAUGGAUGAAAUAAA